CCGGGUGGACUCACUGCAGGCCCUCAGGCCCUGGGAGUUUCUCGGCCUGACCUUUGCCCUCCCUCCUGUUCCCGUUUGCUACAGCGGCCAGGGGAGGAGCAGCCACCAACUCAAGCCCCAGGGCACAUCUGCACUACCGCCCACCAUCUGCAGCCCAUCCCGGGGCGGGACGCUCCUGCCUCCACAGCCCCGGAGUGAGUGCCCAAAGCCAGGAGCAUCCAAGCUUUCCUGCUGCUUGCUGCACCGUCCUCUCCGGGGCUGGCCAGAGGGUGACAAGCCUGCCAGGCCGGGAGCCCGAGGCCCUCAAGCCACUCAGCACUGCUGCCUCAAGGGCCUGGGAGGGAAGGGGUGGACCCUGGGAGGUGGGUGUGGGACUCCAGCCUGGGUGGCUCUGCCUCUGGUUUGGACUGGGCCUUGGGUGAUUGAGGGUGGCCUGGCAGGAAAGAGCUGUCUGGGGGCAGAGGCCAAAGUGGGCAUGUUGGUGCUGGCCCCAGCCUGAGCAGACACACCUGACCGCUGGCCCAGGUGGCGCUCUCUUCUCAGCAGGCACAAAGGGCAUCCAAGGGCCACCUCCUGCCCCACUGGCUGCCUGGCCAUUCCUUCAGGGAGCAGCAGAGCCUCCUGCCCAGCCCAGGAGGGGCUCCCCCAGCAGGAGGGCAGGACUGGCUGCAAGUCCUUACCAGCUGAGGUCACUCCUCAACUCCUACUCACCCAGGCGCCCUGAAGUCCUGGGAGCAGUGAGGGGGGCAUAGGAGCCGGAGGCAGUGGGGGUGGGGGCCAGCAGGCAAUGCGGGUGCCUUUUAUUCGGCGUGGCACUGACCUAGGCACACUGUUCUCAUCGCCACUCCUCCACAGAACCUUCUGGAGUGGAUGUCAGUGUCUUCAUUUUACAAAGGAGAGAAAGUGAAGCUCUGAGAGGAAGUGAUUUGCCCAGGGUCGCACAUAAGAGCGGCACCUGGGAUUCCAGUCCUCCCCCCAGGGCUCCAGAGCCCUUCUCUACUUCUGACCCUGCUGAGCAUGGGCCUAUAGACGGUGGGAGCCAGACUGGAAGACUGAGUCCUGGAAAGGGGAAGUCAGUCACCAGGGGCACAUCAGGGGCAGAGUGGGGCAGGGGCGAAGUUGGCCAUGUACCCCAUGCCAGGGACCUCCCAGUCACUUGCCCCCUGCCCAGGGCUCUGCCAAAGCUGGACAGGCUAAGCCAGAGGCAAGGCAGGGGUGCCAGCCAUUUACCCAGGGCCAGAGGGAGACCAGGAGGAGGAGCCUGAGCUGGUUGGCACCUUCUCCCUAUCCAAGCUCUCCCUCCAGUCCCAAGUGACCUUUCCCCCAGAUCCCAGGGUCCAGGCCCGCCCUCAGCUGGCAGGUGUGAGCACAGAAGCAGCUGGGAUUGGUCACAGCCGGUGGAGGCGUGUCUCAGGCUCCAGCAGACCACUGGAACAGCUGAGCAGAGCAGGUGGACUGCUGAGAUAGACCAGGGACUCCAGGCAGCCACAGGCCUAUCAGACCAGGACUCUUACCCUCUAGACAUGGCCUCAGGCCCCUGCAAACCCCAGCCCCGUGGCCCUGCGAGGUUACAGACAGCCUAAACGCCACCACCACAGGGCCUGUGCCAUGCACCUGGCCCAGGCACAGAAGGCCACUGGCGCGGAGGCUGUGGAGACAGUUCCCCCAGCAGUGGACCUGGUGCUGGGUGCCUCGGCCUGCUGCCUGGCCUGUGUCUUCACCAACCCCCUGGAGGUGGUGAAGACGCGGCUGCAGCUGCAGGGGGAGCUGCAGGCCCGGGGCACCUACCCACAGCCCUACCGGGGCUUCAUGGCCUCUGUCACUGCUGUGGCCCGAGCAGACGGGCUGUGGGGCCUGCAGAAGGGGCUGGCUGCUGGCCUUCUGUACCAAGGCCUCAUGAACGGCGUUCGUUUCUACUGCUACAGCCUGGCAUGCCAGGCUGGCCUCACACAGCAACCAGGUGGCACCGUGGUUGCAGGAGCCGUGGCAGGAGCACUGGGAGCCUUCGUGGGGAGCCCUGCUUACCUGAUCAAAACACAGCUGCAAGCCCAGACAGUGGCCACGAUGGCUGUGGGACACCAGCACAAUCACCAGACUGUCCUGGGUGCCUUGGAGACCAUCUGGCGGCAGCAAGGGCUGCUGGGUCUGUGGCAGGGCGUUGGUGGGGCUGUGCCCCGAGUCAUGGUAGGCUCAGCUGCCCAGCUGGCCACCUUCACCUCUGCCAAGGCCUGGGUGCAGAAGCAACAGGGCCAGCUCUAUGGGGGCCUCACCGACUGCAUGGUGAAGAUCUGGCGGCAAGAGGGACCCCUGGCGCUCUACAAGGGCCUGGGCCCCGCCUACCUGCGCCUGGGUCCCCACACUAUCCUCAGCAUGCUCUUCUGGGACGAGCUUCGGAAACUGGCUGGGCGGGCCCAGCACCAGGGCACCUAGAUGGCGGCCCUCACUCCCACAUCCUGACAUGGCUCGGCACUUGGCCGGAAGUGAGGGCCUGCUGCAGCACAACUGGCUGUCCCAGGGCGGGCCACGGGCCCGGGCCUUGCCAGAGGCCCCAGGAGAGUGUGGACAGCUCUGGUCCACCCAGCCCCUUGGCCCACCCAGGGCCAGAGCAUCCACUCCAAAUUACCACCCAUUCUGUCUUCCAGACAAUUCUCUUCCUUCUCCAUACGGUGUACUGGGUCACCGCAUCCCAGAGCCUUACUCAGUUAUAGCAACUGCUGCAGGCAAGCACACGGCAUAGGCCCAGUAACUUACACACAUCGGCUCACUUAGGCCUCAGACAGCAGCGCGAGGCCGGCACUUUUACCUCUUUUACCAUCAGAAAGCCAAGGCUGAGAGUGGUGAUGUGGCUUUGACCACAGCCACACAAUUUUGAAGUGGCAGAGCCAGGACUGGAGCUUAGCCCUGCUCACCCCAGACCUAUGCGCUUGACAAGUGCAUGACUGUGAGAAGCCCAUGGGUCCGCACUGCUCAUAGGGGUCGCUGUGCCAUGGUGAGAGCUGGGGUGCAUCAGGAGGCUGUGGCGUUGUCACUUGCCUUAUUUGCCGGGGCAUCUAUAGCAAAGAACCACAUACGGGGCAACUUAGACAAUAGGAAUGUAUUUUCUCACGGUUCUGGAGGCUGGAUGCUGGAGACCAAGCUGUCAGCAAGCUGGUUUCUUCAGAGGCUUCUGUCCGUGGCUUGCAGAUGCCGCCUUCUCCCUGUGUCUGCACAUGGUGGUCCCUUGAUGUGCGUCUGGGUCCUGAUCUCCUCCUUUUAUAAGGACACAAAUCAUGUUGGCUUAGGACCCACCCUCAUGACCCCACUUUAAUUUUUUUUUUUUUUUUUUUGAGACGAAGUCUCGCUCUGUCACCCCAGCUGGAGUGCAGUGGCAUGAUCUCGGUUCACUGAAACCUUGGCCUCCCAGGUUCAAGCAAUUCUCCUGCCUCAGCCUCCCGAGUAGCUGGGACUACAGGCGCCCAGCACCACACCUGGCUAAUUUUUGUAUCUUUAGUAGAGACGGGGUUUCGCCAUGUUGGCCAGACUGGUCUCGAACUCCUGACCUCAAGUGAUCCACUGGCCUUAGCCUCCGAAAGUGCUGGGAUUACAGGCAUGAGCCACCUCAUUUGGCCCAAUUUUAACUUAAUUAUCUCUGUCAAGAGCCUAUCUCCAUAUGCAGUCACAUCCUGAGCUACUAGAGGGUAGGACUUCAACAUGCACAUUUGCAGGGGCCGCAGUUCAGCCACCAUCAUCUUUUUUUUUUUUUUUUUUUUUUUGAGAUGGAAUCUCGCUUUGUUGCUCAGGCUGGAGUGCAGUGGUGCAAUCUUGGCUCACCACAACCUCCACCUCCCAGGUUCAAGUGAUUCUCCUGCCUCAGCCUCCCGAGUUGCUGGGACUACAGGCGUGCACCACCAUGCCCAACUAAUUUUGCAUUUUUAGUAGAGAUGGGCUUUCACUGUGUUGGCCAGGUGGGUCUUGAACUCUUGACCUUGCUGCUCACCUCAGCCUCCCAAAGUGCUGGGAUUACAGGUGUGAGCCACCACGCCCGGCCUCAGCCAACAUCAUCUAAGGGCUCUCACGGCAGGCCUCCCAGCAGCCCGCACUGUGGGCAUUUGCACAUAUCCUGACAAGCCUGAAAGGAACUCCGAGUGCCCAUUGUUCAGAUGAGGGUACUGAGGCCCGGGAAAGGGAAGCAAUGUGGCAGGGCCAGCAGCAGACCCUGGGCCCUUUCUCUAGACUGAGCACCACUCCCCAUGGGUGUGCUCUCAACGCCGCACCAACCUUCGCACUGCAGAGAUGGACACCAACUCCCUGGCAGGGGCAGCACUGCUGCCAAGCAGCCCCACCUGCCCUCCCAGCCACACCCCGAGUCUGUAAGGGUUGUUCCCAGGAACACCUGCUACUGCACACUCCAAACCAAUAAAGUUUUAUAUUUUGUUUACUUCAGCGAA